AUGACGACGCCCACGGCCAGCAACCUCGUCUGGCACGAAGCCUCAGUUGACCGCGCCGCCCGCGAAAAGAGGCGAGGCCAUCGCAGCGCGAUCGUCUGGUUCACUGGGCUCUCAGGCUCAGGCAAGAGCACCCUCGCAAACGCCGUCAACGCCGCCCUGUUUGAAAGAGGGCUGGUCUCCUAUGUACUAGACGGCGACAAUAUCCGCCACGGGCUGUGCAGGGACCUGGGCUUUUCGGAUGCCGCCCGCGAGGAAAACAUCCGGCGCAUUGGGGAGGUCGCCAAGCUCUUCCUCGAUGCUGGGACCAUCGUCAUCACCGCUUUUGUCUCCCCAUUCCGAGCCGACCGAGAACGGGCCCGCGCUCUCGUGACGGAGGGUGACUUUUAUGAGGUGCACUGUGCAGCAACACUCGCCGCUUGCGAGGCGCGAGACCCCAAGGGCCUCUACGCCAAGGCCCGCGCCGGUGCCAUCCCGCACUUCACGGGCAUCUCGAGCCCUUAUGAGGAGCCACUCAUCCCGGAGCUGCGAGUGGAGACCGGCGGACAGGCGUUGGCCGAGUCGGUCGAGACAGUGCUCCGAAUGUUGGAGGAGCGUGGCGUGAUUUCCGCCAUCCCCAGUUGA